CUCAUCUCUGCUCUCCAUCUACACUUCAUUGUCUUUGGAUACCAUCAACAUGUUCAGGAGGGCUCUCUCACAGCGUAUCGCAGCGGCGCCAGGCCCAAGCUCGGCGAGAGCUUUCCCACAGCUCCCUAGGGGGCGAUUCAGCUCGACAGUCUCGGCGGCCUCUAGGGCAGCGUAUCGACAACGGUCGUCUGCCAUAACUGCUGGCGUGGCUGCUACUAGCAUUGCGUUGGCAUACUACAUUCUCACGCCAAUACGCGCAGAUGAGCUCGUACGCGCCCCUGGCACGACUAUCGAGCAGCCCAGUGGACAAAAGCUCAUAAGCUUUGAGGAAGUUCAGAAACACAACAAAGCAGACGACUGCUGGGUCAUCAUCAAUGGCAAGAUUUACGAUGUAACAGAUUUCAUGGAGAAUCAUCCUGGUGGGCCAGAGAUCAUAUUGGCUAAUGCCGGUAAAGACGCCUCAAAGAUCUUUGGGCCCAUCCAUUACCCGGAUGCGCUGGAAAUGCUGGACGAAGACCAACACAUCGGUCCAGUGGACCCACUGACCAUGCCCGAGCCUGAAGAGGUGGAGCCGACGGAAGAAGAGCUAGAAAUGGAGGAGGCGAGGAAAGCGAUGCCGGGGGCGGAGAACAUGUUGUUGGUUCAAGACUUUGAGGAUUGGGCGGAGAAGGUGUUGAGUGGGACGGCGUGGAAUUACUAUAAAAGUGCUGCCGAUCGGGAGAAGACUGCGGAUGAGAACCAGGAUGCUUUCAGCCGCUACUACUUUCGUCCCAGAAUACUGAGGGAUGCUACAACUGGUAGUAUGGAGACGGAGUUUAUGGGGAUGAAGACGUCGCUGCCGAUAUUCAUCUCUCCAGCUGCUAUGGCCAAGCUAGGGAACCCUUUGGGUGAAAUCAACUUGACCAAGGGCGCCGGAGCUUGUGGUAUCGUCCAGGGUAUCUCCAUCAACGCCUCCUGCUCCCUCGACGAAAUCAUGCAAUCCCGCAAAGAAAACCAGCCCGUCAUGUUCCAGAUCUACCUCAACAAAGACCGUGCCGCCUCCAUCACCCUCCUCGAAAAAGUCACCCGCCUCGGCGCAGACGCCAUCAUCUUCACAGUCGAUACCGCAUGGCGGAGUAAGAGGACGAGGGAUGUGAGGGCCAAGGCGGAGGUGGCGCCGCCCCCGAGCAGUGAUGGGAUGAAGACGAGUAAGAGUCCGUUGGGCGUUUCGGCGGCGAUCUCGGGGUAUCAGGAUACGAAUCUGACUUGGAAGGAUAUUGAGUUUAUCAGGAGUCAUACCAACCUUCCCAUCAUUGUGAAGGGAGUGCAAUGUGUAGAGGAUGUUGCCCUGUGUGCUGAAGCGGGAGUGCAAGGUGUCAUCCUGGUAAGAUUUACGCGUCUUCAUGUGCCAGCCGCUGAUUAGCAAUCAGUCAAACCACGGUGGAAGACAAUGCGACUACGCUCCAGCGCCCAUAGACCUCCUCUACGAAAUGCGCUGCAACCGACCUGACCUCUUUGAGAAGCUCGAAGUCAUGAUGGACGGUGGUGUUCGAUCCGGUGCCGACGUCGUCAAAGCGAUCGCCUUGGGCGCAAAAGCCGUCGGUUUGGGAAGGAGCUUCUUGUAUGCUAAUGGCACACAUGGGGAGGAGGGAGUUGUCAGACUAUGUCAGAUCUUGGCGGAGGAGAUACAGAACACAAUGCGCAACAUAGGAGCGAUGAGGAUAGAAGACCUGAAACCGGAGAUGGUCGGACCUGCUGGGCCGUGGGUGGGCACGAAUAGGCCGCCAUAUGUGCCCAAGCCAUGAGAGGUUUGGCUCAGGGUGUGUGAAUUUAGAUGACGGUGUUGAAGGUGGUCAACUGUUGUAUGAAGGGUUCAUGGGCGAUCAACAUAGGCAAUGCAUUGUCUGUAGGGCGCUGAUAGAGUGGUGUUCUGUCCAUAGUCCAUAUAUGUGCUCAAAUCCAUCCGAGACGUCCAGUCCUCUAUCGACUUUGUCAAUUUCUAUCGUCGUUUUUUCAAACACGUUCACGGCCGCUAACGAUACCGUGAGUUACGUUGUGACUUGUUUGUGACACUACUGUAUGUCAAGUAGCGUACCACCAGCAGCUACGGGCGAGACAGAGCGGCCUAGGCAGCCAGCAGGCACCUCCACAUAAUCUCUAUGCAUCAGCAUUCUAGAACAUGUAUAUGCCCCUGCCUGCUCACUAUAUUCUAUGCUGCAAUGCCUCCUAUACAGUGGUAAGCUCG